UCCUAGACCUCAGUCAGCGCUCCCCUCCUCCUCCUCCUCUUCACCCCAUGAAAAAAAGAAAUGAGCAAAGCUUCACUGCAGUGGGAGAGAAGUGAUGAGGGAGGAGGGGGGGGCAGGAGGACGAGAGGAGACACUCGUGAGAAGGAGAGCAUGAGAGAGAGAGAGAGAGAGAGAGAGAGAGAGAGAGAGGAGAGAGGACAGGCUGCAGUUGGGAGCCUCCUCCAGUGAUCACACACCUCCUCACAUGACAGCAGCACCUCCUCGCACUGCAAGAUGACAUCGUUUAGCACGCGGGCGUUGACGCUGCUGUCAUCCAUAUUUGGAGCAUGCGGGCUGCUGCUGGUGGGAGUGGCCGUGUCCACAGACUACUGGCUGCUGAUGGAGGAGGGCGUGGUCCUGCAGCAGAACCAGACCACCGAGGUCAAGAUGGCGCUGAACUCGGGCCUGUGGCGUGUCUGCUUUGUGGCGGGACCCGAGAAGGGCCGCUGUGUGGCGUCUGAGUUCUUCAGUGAGCCUGAGAUAGAGAUCACCACAGAGAACACGGCCAACAUUCUCAAAAUGGUGCGGACGGCCACGCCCUUCCCUGUCGUGUCGCUGCUCUUCGUCUUCAUCGCCUUCGUCAUCAGCAGCAUCGGACACAUUCGGCCUCAGCGGACAAUCCUGGCCUUUGUCUCCGGAAUAUUUUUCAUCCUGUCUGGUCUGAGUCUGGUCGUCGGCCUGGUUUUGUACAUUUCCAGCAUCAAUGAUGAAGUGAUGAAUCGACCCAGGGAGGCCGAACAGUUCUUCCACUAUCGCUACGGCUGGUCCUUCGCCCUCGCCGCCUCCUCCUUCCUGCUCAAAGAGGGUGCGGGCGUGAUGUCGGUGUACCUCUUCAUGAAGCGCUAUGCGGAGGAGGAGAGCUACAGGCCGCACCCGGCCCUCUACCGCCCCCGCAUGUCUGACUGCAGCGACUACAGCGGUCAGUUCCUCCACCCCGACUCAUGGCCGCCGCCUCAGCGUGGUCGCAGCUCGUCCGACGUCUCCUCGGACAUCUCCAUCCAGCUAAACCAAGCCACGCCCUCUCGGGCCCAGGCCGCCCGGGCCAUGUUCUCCUCCUCCGCGGGGCCUUCGUCUUCCGCCAGCUACCACGUCCAGCCCGCCACAUCCUACCCACACCCUCUCCAUCAGUCCGCCACAUCCACCCUGCAGCGGGCGUCCCACCCCCCUAUGGGCUACCACCUGCCCCAGUCCCUGCCUAUGGCGGCGCCGCCCGCCGCUGCUCUUCCGCCACGCUACCACACACACAUGCGGCUUAGCGCCUCGCCAUGCUAGUCUGCGUGGGAGAGGCAGCGUGCACGCACACACACACACACACACACACACACACACACACACAUACACACUCUGUCACUGCGUGGGAGGAGCAGAGCAAAACGAGGAAAUACAAGAGGGAGGGGCAUGUGGGCGGAGAGAUGGAUUACCGCCGCCGGGACGAAAACGUUCACAAGGAUGGACGCCUUCAUUAUUACACACUGGAGACAGGAAGUGGACUUCUCUCAUUCAGAACUUUCAUCAUUGUCAAUCGUCAUUAUAAACACAUUUUUCAUCCUCACCCGGAUGAUCAUCACGUCCGCCUCCAGGCUUUACGAGGUGACUUCAGCAGGGACCCUAUUGAUGAGGCUGAAGUCAAAGGUCAAAUCAGGGAUUAUUACUUCGAAUGGACCACGCCCGAGCCAGCUGGGGUCAAAAGUCAUCCCGGCAGUAGCAAAACACACACUGGUAAAGAGGUGUAAGGUUGUUGUUUUUAAAUGUCUUUUAUUUCAACAUGUUCUCCUCCGUCCAAUCAUGUGAGUGGGAGCUCAGAGGGCAUGUGUGCGUGGCUGUUAAUAAAAAAAGGCUGACAAAGAUCAUAUUAAUCAUAA